CGUUGGAGAUUUGAAAUUGGCGAAGGAGCAACGGCCGCGGGAGAGGAGACGCGGCGCGACGGCCGGAGACACCGGACACACGGAGAGACCGGACACCGAGUAACAGCGGCCGGAGAGACCGGACACACGGAGAGGGAGUAGGCACGGAUUAACGGCGGCCGGAGAGAGACCGGACAGCGGGAGGGACGGAACGGAACGGCGGCCGGAGAGCGAGGCUGGGGACACUGAGAAGAGCCGGAGCCGGACACGGGGAGCGGGGCCGGAGGAUGGUGAGAAAAAGUGAUGCACUGGCCACAGAGUCAGUCAACUGCCUCAAUGCAGCACUUUCCCAUCUUCGAAAUAUCUGGGAAGAGAUUGGAAUUCCAGAAGAUCAGAGAAUGCAAAGGACAGAAGUUGUUAAAAAGCACAUUAAGGGCCUAUUGGAAAUGAUGAUUGCAGAGGAGGAAAAUUUAAGGCAGCGGCUGAAAAAGAGCAUUACAAUGUGCCAGAAAGAGCUCCAUGCAGUGUGUCAGGACCUCGGGUUAACUGCAUGUCUGCCAGAAGAAAAUUGCACAAUGCUGCAGCUGGAGAAAGAUCUGCGGACUCGUUUGGAGGUCCUCUUGAAGGAGAAGAAAGAGAGAAUGGCUAAAAUGAACUGCCUUAAAGAACAAGAUGAAGAACUUUGUGACAUUCUCUGUACAACAGGCUACUCCAUUGAUGUUGAUGUUGUCCCCAGUAUUGAACAGCUAGAUGCAUUCCAUGCGCACAUUGCUUCACUGAAUGAAGAAAAGGAGCGCAGAAGGGCUGAGUUUGUAGAGACAAAGAAAAAAAUCAUUUUGUGCAUGGAUGAACUGGAUCAGCUUCCUGACACUAGCUUUGAGAGAGAUAUUGUGUGUGAAGAUGAGGAUGCAUUUUGUUUAUCCAAUGCGAAUAUUAUAGGCCUAAAAACAUUACUUCAACAGCUGGAGAUGAAGAGAGCUGAAAAUGAAGCCAUAUGUUCAGAGCUGAGAAGUCAAAUAAUUAACCUGUGGGACUGGUUGAAGAUUUCUGAUGAAGAAAGCAAUGCAUUUGCUGUACACAUGGUUGGAUCCAGGGCAAAAACAUUGCAAAUGUUACAGACACAAUUGCAGCAUCUUGAAGUCCUGAAAUUACAGAACAUGAAAAGUGUGAUUGAAGCUGUCCGACAAGAGCUAGCAUCAUACUGGGAGAAAUGUUUCUUCAGCUCUGAACAGCGCCAAGCAUUUGCUCCAUAUUAUGAAGAGGAUUAUACAGAGGAUUUAUUGCAGCUUCAUAACUAUGAGCUGAACCGAUUAAAGCAGCACUAUCAAGCACACCAGCAGCUAUUUGAGGGUGUCUGGAAGUGGGAAGAAAAUUGGCAGCUUUACCUCGGGUUUGAAAAGAAAGCAUCUGAUCCAAACCGCUUCGCCAACCGAGGGGGCAACCUUUUAAAGGAGGAGAAGCAGAGAACUAAGCUGUAUAAAAUGUUGCCCAAACUGGAAGAAGAGUUGAAAAUGCAGAUUGAUGCCUGGGAACAGGAGCAAUGUUCACAUUUUCUGGUUAAUGGACAAAUUUUUAUGGAAUAUGUAUCUGAGCAAUGGGAGCUACAUAAAUUGGAGAAAGAGCACGAGAAACAAGAGCGGCAACAGAAGAAGAGUAAACUGAUUGAAGAGGAAAUGCUGUAUGGCAGCGCUCCGAAAACACCAAGCAAGCGAAGGGUUAACACUCUGACUACGCCAGGGAAAAUACGGAAGCUAAAUGGUACAUCGAUUGUUAAUGCUACACCCAACAGCACUUUUCGCUGUGCUAUUGGAAAUAGUGUCUGUUUCUCUCCAAUCUCCCGACCCCCUUUGUCUGGACGCAAGCCAGCACAAUCUGUGCGCACUCCAGGACAUUCUGCUAAGAAGCUCCCACGCCAUGGUGUCAAUGAAAAAAACAAAGAGAACAUUUCUCAUCUAAAUUCAACAGCAGUGAGUGGUGCGUCCACUGGCAUCUCCACUCCGCAGCAUAAUCUCAGCGUAAAUUCAGUUGCCUCCACUUAUUCUGAGUUUGCGCGAGAUCUUUCAAAAGUUUCCAAGUCUGACUGUCGUUCACGUGUUCUCAAUUCUACAAUCACCAACCUCCACACCUAGGAAAGCUGUGAAAUGCCAGUGGGGAAAUGGACUGCUCAAACACGAGCUGGGGAGAGCCCUGAUGUAGUGCACAAAAUGAAAACAUGUUACAGUAGAGCUGGCGUGUUUUGAUCUGUAUUUCUUUAAACUGUAAAUUACGGGAUAUGUGAAAUAUGCCACAGAUGAACAAAGGGUGUUGUACAUUUUUUUGUCCAUACCAUCUGGUAUCUUGGGGCACUGAACAUGGCUUCAAAAUCUAUUUGAGAUGGGGUUGAUGCAUUUAGGUUUUUUAUACACAAUUUCAAACAGCAUCUUGUUAACUUGCUACACCCAGUGAAUAUCAUUAAAAUUAAAUGAAAUCUUUAUGUCAUUCUCUUUUUGAGCUAUUAUUUAGUUAGGAGAGGAAGGCAUGUUCUAAAUAAUUGGCUUUCUCCAGAGUUCACUAAAGUAACUUACUGAUCUUCUAAAUCUUGACCAGUUGUUAUUUUAACAUGAUAAUGGUUGAUAGGCAACAAAUCCUUUAACAUUUACAAUUUCUGAUCAUCUUGAUAUAGCAAUUUGACACAACUAGGAUCUCCAGGGUAGGCUACCCAAAGCUGGGUCUGUACUGAGGAGAUUCCAAAUCCCCUCGUACAAAAUGCUAUUCGCUCGUUUGCAUCUGCGGUAAAUAAACUCUUCUUAAGCAAUAUCCAAAUGAUAUUUGCGUCUGCAAUAUUAUAUUUGGCUUUCUCCUCUGCUAGCCUAGCAACCGGUUAAAGCACAGUCAAUUCAUAUGCCAUCUAGAUAGCAAAUUAAAUGUUUUCUUGUUGCAUUAGGUUGUGAGAUGUUGAAGAUCCCUAGUUCAAAAAGGACCAUGUAAGGAUGGCAUGAGGUCAUAACUAUCCCUUUGUUCAUUGUGGUUCUAUUACUCAUAUGAUAUUGUGGCUUUAAUGAUACUUUAAUCAUACCCGGUUUUAAAUAUUUUUAUAAUUGCACAUAUAAAUUGUUUAAUUCUUUAGUUAAGCUAAUCAUGAAUUAUGCUCCUUUUUUGCAUUUUCCCUUAUUUAUUCUUGUAACGGCCAUUUAUUUCUGGUAAAGUUAGGCAAAUGUCACAAAAUAGUUAUGGGCGGUGAGAGAAGCCUUUAAACACUAACUGUAAUUUUAUAGUGUGUUGUAGAGACUUGUUAAUUGCUACCUGAUAAACUUGUCUUUACACCUUGUCUGACGCAGUGUUUGUCCAAUGUUUGUCUCAAUCUGUUUAUGACUGAAGGUACGUUUUUAUUCCAUCUUGGAAUCAAGAAAUAUCAAUCCUCAAGCAGGUUUCAAUCUUAAAUUGAAUUAAAAAAGGAAGGAGAGUCUCGGAGUUGCAUUGUUUUCUUUGUUUGAACCAAUCUGCCAUUUUAAGAUGGGUGGGGAAACAGAAGGCUUGUGAAGUAUGUAGAUUUUUU